GAGGUCGCCUCGGGCGGGGCGGUCGCGCCGGAAGUGGCUCUGGCCUUGGUGCUUCGGUGUGGGUGAAAGGAAGCUGCGGCUGGAGUUGGGCUGCUGAGGGGCCGCGCGGCUCGGUCGGGCUCUUCCCCACCUUCCCUUGCUACAGCCAUGGCGAAAGGCAGAGGCGCCGAGAGGUCGCCGACGGAGCCACUCCACGCGACCCCAGUGGGCGACCCGACAUCGGGGACGCGGGGUUCCGCGGCACCCGGCAGCCGAGACCACCUGAAGGAAAAAGCCUCUGUAGAAGCUGGAUCUGCAAGAAUGUCACUUCUUAUAUUGGUCUCCAUCUUCUUAUGUGCAGCUUUUGUUAUGUUUUUGGUAUAUAAGAACUUUCCUCAGCUUAGUGAUGAAGAAAGAGUGAACAUGAAGGUUCCCCGAGAUAUGGAUGACGCCAAGGCUCUGGGAAAAGUGCUGUCCAAAUACAAGGACACCUUCUACGUACAAGUGCUUGUAGCUUAUUUUACUACAUAUAUUUUUUUGCAAACAUUUGCUAUUCCAGGCUCUAUAUUUCUCAGUAUACUCUCGGGGUUUCUUUAUCCCUUUCCACUAGCCUUAUUCCUUGUUUGUUUGUGUUCCGGACUUGGUGCCUCAUUCUGCUAUAUGCUCUCCUACUUAGUUGGAAGACCAGUUGUAUAUAAAUACCUGACAGAAAAAGCAAUAAAAUGGUCACAGCAGGUUGAACGUCAUAGAGAACAUCUCAUUAACUACAUUAUAUUUUUGAGAAUAACACCAUUUCUGCCUAAUUGGUUUAUUAAUAUUACAUCUCCUGUGAUAAAUGUGCCACUGAAAGUAUUUUUCAUUGGUACUUUUCUAGGUGUUGCACCUCCCUCUUUUGUAGCAAUUAAAGCAGGAACAACGCUGUACCAGCUUACAACAGCAGGGGAAGCUGUUUCCUGGAACUCAGUGUUUAUUCUGAUGAUUUUGGCUGUUCUUUCUAUUCUGCCAGCCAUCUUCCAGAAAAAACUAAAACAGAAAUUUGAGUGAAAAAAUCCCCGGGAAUUUAGUUCUCAUGUUACCACCGCCAUCCUCGUCAUCUCAGGAUUCUCAGGCGCAUCCGUGUUACGUUUGUAAAUCGCCUCUUCAGUAACUGAAAGAAGCACUUUAAAGUAACACAUUAGAGUGGCAAGGGCGAACAGAAAGUCCAAGUGGAAAUUGGCAUACUCUUGACAAGUGCUGUCCUUGCUACUUAACGAUAAAUACUUUGCACAUGCCUAUACCAAGAGCAGCUACAGGUAGAUCAUUCAUAGUGGCUUGGUAUGAAAUUCUUGAUCUAAGAGAUUUAUUAAAUUUGUUGUUUUGCUCUUUCAUGUCUAAUUGCUAACUAAAAUGUGAACCUGGGUGCAGUAGUACAUGCCUGUAAUGCCAGCUACUCGGGAUACUGAGGCCAGACGCUUGUGUAACUAGCUUGGGUAACACAGCAAGAAAGUAAAAUAAUGUAAAAUGAAAUAAUAAAAAUACAGAGCACAAACUGGACAAGUGAUGCAUAAAAGAGAUUUGUAUUUUCUUCCUCUGGUUACUUUUGGGGUAAUGAAUUUGGUGAGAAGUUAUAUCUUCUUAGACCAAUGAAUAUAGAAAGGAUAUUAAGUUAACUAUUUUGUGAAUUUUUAAUUAUAUUUUUUCAUUGUAGACUUUUAUCAUGAAUUAGCCUGGUAAUUUAAAUUCUAGCCAAUUUGUUUUCAUCCUUUCUCUAGGUUUUACAAUAUUUCCACAGUGUAUAUAUAAUAUGCAAUGAGAAUUAUAUAACUGUAUCAUAUUGGUGUUGAUAAUGUAUAUUCAGAUAAUAUUUUGUUACAGUGUCUCUUUAAUAUCUCAAAAUAGGUUCUAAAAGGUAAAUACUCAAAGCAGGUAGUUUUUAGACAUCAGAAUAAUUAUCUUGUAAACAAACUGACAAGAGGACACUAGUGUUUAAAUAUAGUUUAUUCCAAUGACUGUACAUUUUAAAUCCUCAUUUGUCUGGUCAUUGAAGAAUGUAUUAUGUAAUUAUCCUUUUUUUUUUUUUUUUUUUU